UGGGCAGGGGUGGGGGGAGGGGCCGGGCUGAGGUUGCAGCCGCCGUGCUCCGGGAGGGCAGGGCCAGGCAAGGGCGGGACUGGCCCGCAGCAAGCGGACUGGAGAGCUGUGAAGCUAACGGGUCUCGGAGCGGGAGGCGGCGGCGGCGGCGGCGGCAGCGGCGGCGGCAGCUUUCUGCACGGGCGGAGGCGGCGGCAGGAGCGGCAGGCAUGGCCCGCGCGGCGCCCAGCGCAGACUGAGGGUCAUGCUGUGCUCCUGACAGGUGAGGAAGAACCUGCCAGGGGAUUACUGCUGGCAGAAGUCAAGGGCAGGACAGAGUCACCCCAGAAGCAGGGUUGGGCAGGACAGCUGCGCCGCCAUCGCCAGCAGUCCCAGGAAGGAGUCUGGAGCCCUGGGGAGGACUCCACGCAAACUCUGCUGACCCACAUGGCUCCUGAGGAGCCCACAGCAGGAGUAGGUUGGUGAGCGCCUCUGCAACUGCAGCUGGGUCCGCAAUCCCCAGGAGAAAGGACCAGCACCUCCGAUGGGAAGCAGUAGGCCGUAAGCUACGGAGAGGAAGGUCUUGAUCUUUGCAGCAGUUUCUUGACGUCCAUGAAGAUUACUGGUUUUCUCUCUGGUCUCGGGUCAGGCUCCUUUCCCCUGGCCAAGGAGUUUGGGCCAGGAGGGCCUACAAGUGUGGAGAGGUCUGGCGCAUGGAAUGCUGGCCUCCUGAAGCCCGUGUGCUCUCUGCUGUGAUCAGAGUUCCAGGGCUUCCCCACUGCGGGGGAGGAGGGGCUGCCUCAGCGUCUGCUCAUGAGCCACAAGGACCCCGACUGCUCCAGACUGGACCUUUUCAAGCCACCAAAGAGGGGGGUUCCUGGAGCUGGCAGCCAGCACUCACAAGGGACUAGAGGGCUGGAAUGGACUGACCUCUGCCUUGUCAGGGUCGCAGGAGAAGCAGAGCCUUUGUGGCCCAGCUAGUGACUGAGAGACCCAAUGAAGCCCUAAGUAGAGGCUCCAGUGGCUCAGGGACGGGGGGAGGGAGGGGGGCUCUUCCUGUGGACCUUCUUUCUCCUUUUACCGAGGGAGGGUGUGGCAAGAUUCCCCUGCCACACCUCGUGCCUCUAUGCCCUUUCCACGUGCUGCCAAAGCGAGCAGGCUGCGCCGUGGCUGGCCCCAUCGUGGGCUGGGAAAGGAUUGGCCACGGUGACAGCUGCCCUGUGGCCAGCACCAUGAAGUGCUCCCUCCGGGUGUGGUUCCUCUCCAUGGCCUUCCUGCUGGUGUUCAUUAUGUCCCUGCUCUUCACCUACUCACACCACACCAUGGCUACCCUGCCCUACCUGGACUCCUCGGGGGCCCUGGGUGGGACACACCCAGUGAAGCUGGUGCCGGGCUAUACGGGACUACAGCGCCUCGGCAAGGAGGGGCUCUCGGGGAAAAGCUGUGCCUGCAGUCGCUGCAUGGGCGACGCCGGCGCCUCUGACUGGUUUGACAGCCACUUUGACAGUAACAUCUCGCCUGUCUGGACCAGAGAGAACAUGAACCUCCCUCCGGAUGUCCAGAGGUGGUGGAUGAUGCUGCAACCCCAAUUCAAGUCGCACAACACCAACGAGGUGCUGGAGAAGCUGUUCCAGAUCGUGCCGGGUGAGAACCCCUACCGCUUCCGGGACCCCCAACAGUGCCGGCGCUGUGCUGUGGUGGGGAACUCAGGCAACCUCCGGGGCUCUGGCUAUGGGCAGGAAGUGGACAGCCACAACUUUAUCAUGAGGAUGAAUCAGGCACCGACUGUGGGCUUUGAGAAGGAUGUUGGCAGCCGAACCACCCACCAUUUCAUGUACCCCGAGAGUGCCAAGAACCUGCCUGCCAAUGUCAGCUUCGUAUUGGUACCCUUCAAGGCCCUGGACCUAAUGUGGAUCGCCAGCGCCCUCUCCACAGGACAGAUCCGAUUCACCUAUGCUCCAGUGAAGUCUUUCCUUCGUGUGGAUAAAGAAAAGGUCCAGAUCUACAACCCAGCCUUCUUCAAGUACAUCCAUGACAGGUGGACAGAGCAUCACGGACGGUACCCUUCCACAGGAAUGCUGGUGCUCUUCUUUGCGCUCCAUGUGUGUGAUGAGGUGAACGUGUAUGGGUUCGGGGCCGACAGCAGAGGCAACUGGCAUCACUACUGGGAGAACAACCGGUAUGCGGGCGAGUUCCGGAAGACAGGAGUGCACGAUGCCGAUUUCGAAGCCCACAUCAUUGACAUGCUGGCCAAGGCCAGCAAAAUCGAGGUCUACCGAGGGAACUGAGCGGCCCUGGGCGCCAUCAGGACCAGUUGCACCUGGGACGGGCACGCGCCAGCUGCCGCCCACCAGACUGCGCUGUCCCCAGCAACCAAUCAGUGCUGCAGUUGGGCGGGGCUUCUCUUUCUUAGCCAAUCAUGCGACUCAAGGAACUUUCGGCCCCGCCGUCUCCACCAAUCAUGGCCUUGGGAUGCGGCGGGCUUCAAACCCCUCCCCCCACCCUGCUUUGGAUAAGAGUUUCUUUACCGCCUUCUGAGAGGCCGCUCUGGGGCUGGGCAGGAGCGCCUUGGACUGCUCGUUUCCAGUUCAGGCCCGGAUGGGUGAGUGAAGCCCACCAAAGAAAUGUGAUCGCGGCGAGACCUCUCCAGGGCAUCCCAUGGCUCACCGGGCAGUCGGGGAUUGUAUUCACCCCCAGUUGGGUGGACCCCCUCCCCAGGGCCUCGCUAGUGUCAGGAAGGGGUAGGAAGCUCCACCGGGUCACAUGCAAGGUGCUUCUUUCACGUGUGCCCUCACUUCUGUCCCCACCACCACCUUCUCAGCGUCUGUCCUUGGGCCCUGGGCCUCCUCUCCAGCUAACUUGUGCUUUAGAGACAAAAUGAGACCACUGGGACGCUGCUGCUCCGGCACUCACACCACGCUGCCAUGUCUUUAGCUCUGAGGCGAGAGCAGCGCACUGUUCAGCUGGUUGGAAAGGAAAGCCCAGCAGCCUGUGCAUGUAACUUUUUCUUUGUCACCCCAAAGAGGAGCAGGCAGCCUCUUGCUUGGGGGUAGGAUUUGCUUUGGACUCAUACUUUAGUUACCCUGAAACUGCCAGGGAUGGCUGCCCAACCAAGAUUGCUUGACAAUUCUUUGCAGGCCUUGCAAGAUGGCUCAGAGCUUUGCUGGGGAGGAGCGGAUUGGUGGCUGCCAUGCAUGCCUCCUCCUGUCCGCAUCUUUACCCUGCUUACUCGCCUGUUCUAACCCGCUUUCCAGCUCCUGAAGGGCUGGUGAGUCAAGAAUCGGGGGUUAGAGCCGGAAGCUGCUUGCAUGACUUGACCCAGGUCAGAGGUUGAGGUUCACUGGGAGAAAGGGCUUCGUUGAAUGUCUCAGGCCACAGAAAGCACUCCCUUCUUCCCUGCAGUGUCCACAUAAAUACUUCCCAUUCUUAAUGAGUUGACAUUACCAAGUUGGGGGACAGUUACCCACAGGGAGAGUUUUAGAGGGUUGGGAUGAGGCAGCAAGUACCCCUAAAGAUUAAUACAUGGAGAACUUUGCUCGAGUCUGUUCCUUCCCAGUCCCAAAAGCGGGGGUGGGGAAAAGGGGGUCACACUGAGGAGGACUCCAGGGAAACUGCAGCCAGGGCACCAGUUGCUCUGCUCUUGCCUGUCUCGUCUCUGCUCCAAGAAGCUGCUGUGAUGAGAAGUUGAAAAACAAAGUAAUUACGCCAAACAGUAUUGAGAAUAAUUUAUUUCUCCCCGCUUCUUCCCUUUGUUUUGUUUAAACCAUUAAUCCCCAUUCUAGAAGAGGUAGGUCCCAGAAUCCAAAUCUUCUGUUCUAUAGUUAUUUAAACAUUCAAAUAUUUUCCUUCCCUUUCUUUUUCUGAAUUAAAAAUAACAAACCCCAUAGAGUCACUCAUCUGUUCUGAACUAUACCAUUGGAGGGGUAUCUGAGGAGGCAAGGAUGUUUGGGAGAACAAAGCAUCUCUGAUAACCCUCUUACCCUUGAGGAGCAUAGUCCAUGGGCUCUGCUCUCAGAAGUUCCCCAAAGGCUCUGGAGUGUUGUUUUAAAAAUCAAUUCAUUGUGCCAGGCGUGGUGGCAUAUGGCUAUAAUCCCAGCAGUUGGGAGGUUGAGACAUGAAAAUAAGUAUCACUCUCAAAGAAAAAAAAAAAAAAAAAGUGAGCAAAAAUCAAAUUCAUUUUCCCCUUUUCAGAUUCCUCCAAAAGAGUAAUGACUUGGAAGAAUUCCUGGUUCAUCUGAAAUGACCCUUUAUAAACCUGGGGUUUUAUAAACAAAGGGCUCAUGUUGAGUCAUCUCAGCACCCAUAAAGCUUUCCUUUUCCCAUGGCUCUAGGGUGAGUUCUCUUUGGAGUUCUGUCUUUACAUCUUUCUGACUUCAACCAUACUACAGGAGGCCCACAUCUUGCUGCCAGUACACCAAGGUACUAUGCAAAGGGACAGUUCUCUGGAAGAGCUGCUGGGGCAGAUAAUACCUUCCUCAGCUUUGCCUAUCAUUAAGGGUAAAUGCUUACACUUCAUAGAGUAACCAGGAAACUGGGGGAAAAUAUUGGGUCCAUUCCUUAAAUCUCACUAAAACAGGUGUCAAAUGGCUCUCAGAAUUAAAUUUUAAAACCUCUACAUUUAAUAGCAUGGUUUUGUCGCUUUUCAAGAUAAGGUUUCUCUGUGGAGCCCUGGCUGUCCUGGAACUCACACUGUAGACCAAGCAAACUGGCCUUAAGCCUGGAGAUCAGCUGCCUCUGACCUCUUAAAUGUGGGGGUGACCCACCACCAUUCAGCUGCCUUUUUUUAAAAUGACUUAUUUUAUGUGCAUUGGUGUUUUGCCUGGAUAUAUGUCAGAUGCCCAGGAAGUAGAGUUUUGAGUUGCCAUGUGGGCUCACACAUGGAAUCACACCCAGGUCCUCUGGAAGAGCAGAAAGUGCUGUCAGCCGCCGAGCCAUCUCUCCAGCCCUAUCUGCCUUUUUAAGGAAUAUGGUUAUGUUUUUCAUUUUCAGUGUCAGUCCAGGUGUUAUCAUCUUGCUUUGUGCCUUCUCCUUUUCUGGAACACCCCCUCAGUGCUCACACGCCUGUACACCCACAUACAUACAAACCAUGCUGUCUCCUGCAUUACCCUUCCACGGGAGACCAUGAGUGUUAAUCUCACACCUGCUCUCAUCAUUUUCACCCUCAUUCAAGGGCUGGAAUGCCGGCCCAUUUACCUGUACGUCUGUCAUGUACUCCCUUCUAUGGGACCAAAAAAUUCACAUCCAAGAGGCUUCUCUAAAUGUUUUUUUUUUUUUUUUUUCUUUGAAAAGGGGCCUUGCUGUUACUAAUACCCUAAAUUCUGGGCUCAGAAAAUACUACCUGGAUAGGAUCACAGGUGAGCACAGCACACCAGGCAUCUGAAGAUCUACAUGAACAUAAAAAUAUAUUACCCACAAACCGACUCUACAGUAAGGAUGGUCUUGGUUUUGUUUCAAGACAGGGUGUCUAUGUAGCUGUGGCUGUCCUGGAACUAAAGAGUGUCUUGAAUACAGAGCGCUGGCAUUAAAGGCAAUUAUCUUUCUGGGGGUAGGGUGCACAAUACUGCCAGGUGCCCAAAGAGAUCCCUCCUGAACUGGAUGUAACAGGAAAUUGUGAACCAGCUGACUAUAUGUGGGUGCUGUAUACGAAGGCAGCAAAUGACCUUAACUGUUGAGCCAUCUCUCCAGAUUGUAGACUGGCAAAGUUUUAAAGAUUGAUAAUAUAAACCAGGCAAGGUGGCACACACCUUUAAUCUUAGUAUUUAGGAGGCAGAGUAGGGCUGAUCUCCAUAGUUUCAGGACAUCUAGAGCUACACAGUGAAACCCUAUCUCAAAAAGACAAAAACAAAAGGAUUCUAAGGAGUUGGUGGUGAAUUAAAACUUUAAAUGUUCCACUCUGGCAGGGGGGUUGUGGUGUACACCUCUAAUCCCAGCACUCAGGGAGGCAAAGGCAGGCUGAUUUCUGUGAAUUCAAGGCCAGCCUGGUUUACAAAGCAAGUGCAGGACAGCCAAGGCUAGAGAAACCUUGUCUCAAAAAAAAAAAAAAAAAAAAAAAAAAAAAAAAAUCCCAUUCUGACCUAAGAAUUCUAACCCCAGCAAUGUAAGAACAGUUCUGACAGGGACUGAGGUGGUCAACAUGGCACUGUGGACAUUGGAACAUGCUGUCAAUCCUCAAUACUUAACACUGGUUAAAUAUGGGCCAGGUGGCCCCACAUUAGGGU